AAAUUUGAAUAUUCUCCUAUUUCAUCCUUAAUUAAUCUUCACUAUAAGGAGAAUCAUCUGCGAGUGCUCAACCAAAAACCACCAUUAAAGCCGCCUUUCUCUCCACCCUUCCCAAAUCUUCUCUUCUCUUCUCCCAAUUCUCGCCGCCGCCGCCGCCGUCAAAUGACGAGGGGGGCCUGGUUUAAAUCGCUCCGCUGCAAGUCUAAGGCCCUCGACGACGUCGUCUACCCUACGCCGCCACCGCCAUCUUCGUCGUCGUCCAGGAAGCAGCUUCUCUCCGCAGCCUCCUGCGCCGAUUCCUCCCGCGCGGUCAAAGACGCCGUCUUUCUCUUCCCCAAAUACCAUUCCUCUUCUUCCUCGCUCCCCAAGAAGCCUACGAGGCCCCGCCAAAAGCCCAAGCCGAGCUCCUACCUUUCUCCCUCUUCGUCGCCGGCGGGGGGCCGGGCAGUGGAGCCCGCUACGCGCCGCACCGUAGGCUUCCCGACGCUCUCGGAGCUUCCGGCGGGCCACUCGUCCCGGCGGGUGGUGGAGCUCAUCUUCCUCACCAGUUGGUCCUCCUCCGACGCCGCCGCGGCGUUCCCGGGCGAGAUAGAGAUGCUCUUCCGGGUCCACAACCCGGCCCGCACGCUGGCCCGCUUCGAGGAUCGCCGCACGGCGGCCCGCGCCCUGUCCGCCGACGCGCGCUGUGCCGCCGACGGCAACGAGAUGAUGCGGUUCCACUACGGCCCCUCCGGACGCUGCGGCGGCGUGUACGACGCCACGGUAUCAUGGUCGGCGCAGGGGAAGCUGAAGGGCGUCCGGACCUUCUCCGGCAGCGGCGGCGCGCACGCGUGCGGAAGCGGCGGCGCCGCUGUCUCCGGCCGCAGCGCGAUGCUGCUGUGCCGAGUCAUCGCCGGGCGGGUGAGGGGCGAGGCGGACCCCCCAAACUCUUCCGAGUCCGACUCGGUGAGCCUGGGCAACGACGAGCUCGUGGUGUUGGAUCCCCGGGCGGUGCUCCCCUGCUUCCUAAUCAUCUACAAGAUCUGAAACUCCAAAAAAUUUUCCCUUCAUUUCCUCCAUAAAAAUCCAACCUUUUCAACCCAAGAAAGCUCAGCCUUCACCGCCCUGCCCUGCCCUGCACUCCACUGCACUUACUGGUGGUAGGCGGCGACGAGAAAGGUGGCGCAGUAAAAGUCUCGCCUUUUUUCUUCCGACGGCCAUACGAAUUCUGUUAUCUUGCCUCUUGUUUUCUUCUGUAUUUUGUCUUCGUUCUUGGUUCACGUCACUGUGGCUGUGCUCCAUUUGUCUGUCUGCUAAUUGAGAAAUUUAGUGCGAUUUUGACGUUUUGAA